AUGAAGGGUAGUGGUGAAGAGAAGACGGAUGCAUGCACCUCCGGCACCAGUGUUGAAAUGAUGUUAUUGGGGAAAACAAAUGAAAAGGAAAGUAUCACUGACACGGUGCCGUUUUAUAAGCUAUUUGCUUUCGCUGAUCUUACUGAUCACAUACUAAUGAUCACUGGUACUGUUAGUGCUAUCGCUAAUGGAAUAUGCCUGCCUCUAAUGUCUCUUCUUUUGGGCGAAGUUAUUAAUGCUUUUGGUCACAACCAGAAUAAUAUUCAUCGUGUUGUCAACGCUGUUUCCAAGGUGUCGUUGAAAUUUGCUUACCUUGCUGUUGGGUGUGGUGUUGUAUCAUUCGUCCAGGUUUCAUCGUGGAUGAUAACGGGAGAACGACAGGCUGCAAGAAUAAGGAGUUUGUAUCUAAAAAACAUAUUACGACAAGAUAUAUCCUUCUUUGACAAAGAAACAAAUACAGGGGAAGUUGUUGGCAGGAUAUCAGGUGACACCGUACGCAUACAAGAUGCGAUGGGGGAAAAGGUUGGAAAAUUCAUACAACUAUCUUCAACAUUUGUGGGAAGUUUUGUGGUAGCGUUUGUCCAAGGAUGGCUUCUUACACUUGUAAUGUUAACCUCAAUUCCUCCGAUAGUAGUUUCUGGUUCGGUUAUGUCAGUUAUGGUAGCCAAGAUGGCGUCGCAUGGCCAAACCACGUAUGCUAAAGCUGCCACUUUAGUCGAACAGACGAUUGGAUCAAUCAGGACGGUUGCAUCUUUCACAGGGGAGAAAAAAGCGGUUACAGAUUACAAUAAAUCACUUGUUGAUGCGUACAAUUCUAGUGUUCAUGAAGGCCUGGUGACCGGCUUCGGCAUUGGAUCAAUGGUUUUUAUUAUGUUCUGUAGUUACGCAUUGGCUGUUUGGUUUGGUGCAAAGUUGAUACUAGAAAGGGGGUACACUGGCGGAGAUGUGAUUACUAUAGUUUUUGCUGUGGUGACUGGAUCCAUGUCACUUGGGCAGGCAUCUCCCUGUUUGAGUGCAUUUGCUACGGGUCGGGCAGCAGCAUUCAAGAUGUUCGAAACUAUAAACCGAAAGCCUGAAAUAGACGCAUAUGACACAAAGGGGAAAGUAUUAGACGAUAUUCGCGGUGACAUAGAAUUAAAAGACGUGUAUUUUACAUAUCCAGCAAGACCAGAUGAAGAAAUAUUUAGCGGGUUUUCACUUUGCAUCUCUAGUGGAACAACCGCAGCUUUGGUUGGUCAAAGUGGAAGCGGAAAGUCAACGGUGAUUAGCCUAAUAGAGAGAUUUUAUGAUCCUCAACAAGGUGAAAUUCUUAUUGAUAAUAUUAAUUUAAAAGAAUUUCAGAUAAAAUGGAUUAGAGAGAAAAUUGGUCUUGUUAGCCAAGAACCGGUUCUGUUUACGUCCAGCAUUAAGGAUAAUAUUUUGUACGGGAAAGAUGACGCGUCUAUGGACGAGAUUAGAGUCGCGGUCGAGCUCGCAAAUGCUGCUAAGUUCAUCGAUAAACUACCUAAGGGAUUGGACACAAUGGUCGGUGAGCAUGGAACACAACUCUCCGGCGGACAGAAGCAAAGAAUUGCUAUUGCCAGAGCCAUUCUCAAAGACCCCAGAAUCCUUCUUCUGGAUGAAGCAACAAGUGCUCUCGAUGCAGAGUCCGAGAGGGUUGUGCAGGAGGCUUUGGACAGGAUCAUGGUUAAUAGAACAACCGUCAUUGUUGCACAUCGUUUAAGCACUGUCAGAAAUGCCGACGUGAUUGCCGUUAUUCAUAGGGGAAAGAUAGUUGAAAAAGGAUCACAUUCAGAGCUAGUACAGGAUCCUGAAGGAGCAUACUCUCAGCUUAUAAAAUUACAGGAAGUAGAUGGUGAUUCAGAACAUCAUAACUCAGAGGAUCGUCGGUUUUCAAGAAGCCGCCGCCACUCAAAGUCCAAGUCGUUUGGUUCGCCGCUACACAUCAAUGACUCGCCACCGGAAUCCUUGGAAAAAGAAACAGAAAAAACCUCAAAAAACCGACCAAAAGUGCCACUCCGACGCCUAGCAUAUCUUAACAAACCAGAAACACCAGUUCUCAUAAUCGGUUCAAUAGCCGCUAUUAUCAACGGUACAAUAUACCCCAUUUUUAGCCUCCUACUUUCCAGCAUGAUCAAAACAUUUUACGAGCCACCACAUAUAAUGAAAUCCGACUCGAAAUUCUGGGCUGUAAUGUUCGUAAUCCUCGGGCUAGUUUCGUUUAUAGCUUAUCCUGGUAGAUCUUAUCUGUUCGCUGUGGCCGGGGCUAAACUUAUAAAACGGAUCAGAUCACUAUGCUUUGAGAAAGUGGUGAACAUGGAGGUUAGUUGGUUCGAUCAGCCGGAAAACUCUAGUGGAGCCAUCGGUGCACGACUGUCCACGGAUGCAGCCAGUGUUCGCGGGUUGGUUGGUGACGCGCUUGCUCAAAUUGUUCAAGACUCAGCGUCUGCUGCAGCCGGUUUAGUAAUCGCUUUUGCAGCUUGCUGGCAGUUAGCUCUCAUAAUUCUUGCUCUGAUACCGUUAAUGAGUGCUAAUGCGUAUGUUCAGAUGCAGUUCAUGAAAGGGUUGAGUGCUGAUGCUAAAUUAAUGUACGAGGAAGCAAGCCAGGUGGCGAAUGAUGCUGUCGGGAGUAUAAGGACGGUAGCGUCUUUUUGCGCAGAAGAGAAAGUUAUGAAACUUUAUAGAAAUAAAUGCGAGGGCCCGAAACAGACCGGGAUUAAACAGGGUUUAAUAACCGGGAUCGGGUUUGGGGUUUCGUUCCUUUUUCUUUUGUGUAUGUAUGCAGCCAGUUUUUACAUAGGGGCCCGGUUUAUCGAAUCCGGAAUAACAAAUUUUGAGGAUGUUUUUAGAGUUUUCUUUGGUCUAAUGAUGGCGGCGUUAGCAGUGUCUCAAUCGAGCUCGGUUGCACCCGAUACAACUAAAGCUAAAAGCUCUGCGGUCUCGGUUUUUGCGAUGCUUGACCGAGAGUCGGAAAUUGACCCGAGUGAUGAGUCGGGUUUGACUUUGGAUACAGUCAGAGGGGAAAUCGAGAUCCGUAACGUUAGUUUUAAGUAUCCUACCCGACCCGAUGUUGAGAUAUUUCGUGAUUUAUGCUUAACUAUUCAUAGUGGCAAGACAGUGGCAUUGGUUGGUGAGAGUGGAAGUGGCAAAUCAACGGUUAUCCAACUUUUACAAAGAUUCUAUAACCCGAAUUCGGGUUGUAUCACAUUGGAUGGAACUGAGUUACACAAAUUUCAACUCAAGUGGCUAAGGUUACAGAUGGGUCUGGUUAGCCAAGAACCCGUGUUGUUUAAUGACACCAUUCGAGCCAAUAUUGCUUAUGGAAAGGACGGUGAUGCAACCGAAGCUGAAAUAUUUGUUGCUUCCGAGCUGGCAAAUGCCCACAACUUCAUUAGUGGUUUGUACGAGGGUUACAAUACAAUGGUAGGGGAAAGAGGCGUACAAAUGUCGGGUGGCCAAAAACAAAGAAUAGCAAUUGCUAGAGCCAUUGUAAAAAGUCCCAAGAUAUUACUGUUAGAUGAGGCCACAAGUGCACUAGACGCCGAGUCAGAAAGAGUGGUUCAAGACGCGUUGGAUGGUGUUAUGGUUAACCGGACCACAGUAGUGGUGGCUCAUCGGUUGUCUACAAUUAAGGGCGCUGAUGUAAUCGCUGUUUUAAAAAAUGGAGCAAUCGUUGAGACGGGAAAGCAUGAUGAAUUAAUUAAUAUUAAGGAUGGAUUAUAUGCAUCUUUAGUCGCACUUCAUAGCUCUUCAAAUUAGUAACCAUUUUUUCCUUUUAUUGUUUAGUUUUAAAUAUUAAAUUGUACACGUCAACAAGUUUAUUUAUAUGUUUGUAUUAUGAAAUUGUGAACUUUUAAAUAUCAAUGGGAAAUGAAUGUUAAUGUGUUUGAACAUGUUACACAUUUUAAAUCCUAAGUUUAUGAUUUAUG